AUGAUUCAAGAGGAACCUUUUUCCAUCAUGAUACGAUUUAGAAAACACAUUUAUGCAUUUACUGACGAUAUUGAGAAGAUGUUUCGACGAAUUGAAAUAUUGACAUCGCAGACCAAAUAUCAAAAAAUACUUUGGAAGGAAGAUGAAAAUAAGCCUAUAGAAAUAUGCAGACUCAAAACGGUAACUUAUGGCACAGCAUGUGCUCCAUAUUUGGCACAAAGAAAUCUUCAACAGUUAGCGAAGGAUGAAGAAAAGGAUUUUCCUGUAGCAUCGAAAGUGGUCUUGGAAGAUUUCUAUGUAGACGACAGUCUUACUGGAUCUUCGAAUUUGAAGGAAUGCAUUAAACUCCAGAAAAAUUUGACAGAAUUGCUCCAAAGAGGAGGAAUGAAGCUACACCAGUGGUGUACUAGUUUUCAUUCGCAGAACUCUGAUUUACAGAAUUUUUCAUUUGAUCGUAAUAGUAAUACAACUGUGAAGACGUUAGGUAUGUUGUGGAAUAAUAAGAAGGAUACAUUGCAAUAUAAAGUUACUGUUAAUGAAAAGCCUGAUGUUACGAAAAGAGAUGUUUUAUCUCAUAUAGCGAGAUUAUAUGAUCCGUUAGGCGUACUCGGUCCUAUUAUUAGCAAGGCAAAGAUAUUCAUGCAAACACUUUGGUUGCUUAAGCUAGACUGGGCGGAACAGUUACCACCACCUCUUGCCAAUGAAUGGAAUUUGUUUAUUAAAACUCUUCAUAGUGUAGAAAAUAUACAAGUACCUCGUUGCAUCUUAAAAGAGACUUUUUCAAUGCUCAUUUUACAAGGAUUCGCGGAUGCCUCCGAGAAGGCAUUUGGGGCAGUGAUAUAUCUUCAAAGCAUUACAAGCCCUGGUGAAUAUUGUAGUAAACUUCUUUGUAGCAAAUCUCGUGUAGCGCCAAUCAAAACCAUGACUAUUCCUAGAUUAGAACUAUCAGGAUGUCUACUCAUGUCCAAACUUAUGCAAAAGGUUUUAGAAGCUUUGAAACUCAAAAUUGACGAAGUUAAGCUCUGGUCAGAUUCAAGCAUUGCUUUAGCCUGGAUCAAUACAUCACCACAUCUUUUGAAAACCUUUGUGAGUAAUAGAGUCUCACAAAUUCAACAACUUGCUUCUAACUAUUAG